AUGUCGCUGGAGGAAGAUGCUGCCGCUUCCCCGCAUCCAUUGCUCGACGGGGACGACGGCCUGCCCCCGAUAGAGGACAGACCGGUGUUCGAGUACUUUGUCGUCAAGCAGGAGGUGAACCUCGAGAUCAACUUUCGCGACCGACGCAUCGAUGGCACCACCGACAUUUACCUCGUCACCUUCAGCGAAAGGGUCGAGGAGAUUUUCAUCGACGCCGCCCACUGCGAAAUCGACACGGAAAACGUCACCCUGACCGAGAUACGCGAGGCACACGGCGAGCAGAUCGAGGGGCAGAGGCGAAAGGCGCUGGCCGAGUACGCCGACCCGUACAAGAAGCUGGCCCACCCCGGCGGCUGGAACUGGAGGGCCGAACACCACGACCUGCGCCGCAUCCGCGCUCGAAGCGUCUUUCACAACCGCAAGACCGAUGUACCUGCCGACAACAGAGAGCUCGAGGGUUGCACGCCCGUUUACGCAUCCCUCAAGCUCUCGCUGCGAGGAAAGGGCGAGCAGGAUCGGCCCAGGUUGAUUCUGAGAAAGUCAUCCUUGGCCUUGGACCCCGCGGACAGGGCGCACAAGCAAUACAAGAUCACCGUGCCGUUUCGCAACCAAGACCCUCGCGAUGGCUUGCACUUUGUCGGCGUUGACCUCCUCGACAAUCGCUUCACCCACAUGUACACCCGCCACACUCUUCAACCUGGCACGGCCUCUUGCAUUUUUCCUUGCAUCGACGACCACGGCGCCCGAUGCGACUGGAGAAUCUCCAUCAAGCACCCGAGGACACUCGGCGACGCCCUCCAACAGGCACUGGCGACGCAGAAGGAGUCGAAUCCCUCCGCCGGCUCCCGCGGAACGCAAGCCGAUGGCCAGGACAAGAUCAUGAAGCUGGCGGAAGAGGACAAGCUGAGGGAGAUGACCGUCGUCUGCUCGGGCUUUCUCAUGGAGGAGAUUGCCGAUCCCGCCGACGACCGCAAGAAGAUCAUGAUAUUUGAGCCCGAGAAGAAGGUCUCGGUCCAGAAGCUUGGCUUCGCCGUCGGUCCCUUUGAGCACAUUGACCUCUCCUCCGAGUUUCGGACCGAGGAAGAUGAGGUCAAGCUGGGCAUGAGCGCCCUCAAGGUACACGCCUACUGCCUCCCCCAUCGAGCCGACUGGGUGCGAAACACGGCGGCAGCGUUGACCAUGGCGGCCGACUUCUUGACCUACACGUUUGCCAAGUACCCCUUUGGGAACUUCAAACUCUGCUUCCUCGACGACAUGAUCGACGACGCCGUUCCCCUACACUCUUUGGCCUUUAUCAGCAACCGACUGCUGUAUCCGGAAGACAUCAUCGAUACGGAGGUCGAUGUCACGAGAAAGAUCGUCUUCACCUUGACCUAUCAGUGGAUUGGAAUUAACAUGAUACCCAACACGCGCAACGACCUUUGGCUGGUUCUCGGAGUUGCCCAUUACAUGACGGAGCUGUUCAUGAAGAAGAUUUGCGGCAACAACGAGCACAGGUUUCGGAUAAAGACCUUGUCGGACAAGCUCGUCCAGCUCGACCUCGACCGUCCCUCGCUCUGGGACCUCGGUCCCGUUCUCCACCUCAGCGAGGCCGAGAUGCAGUUCAUGGCACUCAAGGCCUCCGUCGUCUUCUUCAUACUUGACAAGCGAAUGAUCAAGGCGUCGGGAGGCCACGGCUUGACUCGAAUCCUGCAAAAGUUCCUCACCAAAGCCCAGAUCGAGAGCAGCGAUCGAUCCACUAUCCUCGAUACGGAGAAAUUCAGAGCCACGUGCGAGAAGGGAUCGAGGUACCGGCUGGAGACGUUCUGGAACCAGUGGGUCUACGGUUCAGGUUGUCCGAGGUUCGACGUCAAGGCCAAGUUCAACAAGAAGCGACUCUGCGUCGAGCUCACCCUGAACCAAAUCCAGUACCAGGCCGGCAAGAGGCAGGAGAUCGAAAAGGAGGACUUUCUACGGGUAAUCAAGGAGCGGCGGGCCGGCGCCAAGCUCGGCGACGUCCAGCCCCUGUUCACCGGUCCCAUGACAAUUCGGAUCCACGAGGCCGACGGGACACCGUACGAGCAUAUUCUCGAGAUCCGCGAGGACGCCACCCGGUCGACCAAGUUCGAGAUACCCUACAACACCAAGUACAAGCGACUGAAGCGGACGAGACGGCUGAAGGAAAAGCACGUCGGUCCCAACGCGGAGGUGGCGGAGAACGCGGACGAUGCCCUGCUCUACUGCCUCGGUGACGUGCUUCAGACGGCCGAUGAACUCAAGACGUGGGAGUUGAUAGAAUGGGAUCCCGAGACGGAGCGUAAGAUGGACUUGGAGUCUUACGAAUGGAUCCGAAUCGACGCCGACUUCGAGUGGGCCUGCGACCUGAAGAGGACGCUAGAACCGUACAUGUACGUCUCCCAGCUCCAGCAAGAUAGGGACGUUGUUGCGCAGCAGGAUGCGAUGCUGUACCUUGCCAACGGCCCGCUCCACCCGAUCGCCUCCGGAUUCCUCGUCCGAACGCUCGUCGACCGCCGCUACUUCCACGGCAUCCGGGUCAUGGCCGCCCAGGCGCUACCCAGGCAGGCCAACAUCAAGGACAUUCCGAUGCUGGGCCUGCGGCAGCUGAUGAGGGCCUUUCGCGAAUCGUUCUGCUUCGAUCCGACCAACCAGCCGAGGCCCAACGAUUUCGAUGACAAGCAGCAGUACACCGUUCGGAUUGCCAUCAUCAAGGCCAUCGCCGAAGUGCGCGACCACACCUACCGAUGUCCUCUUGAGGCUCGCCGUUUCAUCCUCGACCAGCUGCUAUUCAAUAACAACGAGCUGAAUCCGUAUUCGGACCAUUUCUACAUCGCUCAUCUGGUCGAGGUCCUCGCCACAUCUCUCGUGCCUUCGAAGCAGGAUGACUGGUUCACGCGACAGAACAAAGCGCCGAGCGAGGAGGAACGCCAAUUUCUGGAGGAAGCCCUGGAGCAGAUCGAGCGCGUUCUGCGACGAGACGAGUGGACCAACUCGUACCAGAAUAUCUGGACCAUCGCCGGAUUAGACGCCAAGCAGCGGCUCAUGAAGGCGGAGGUCAUCCCGACGCAGUACGUAGACUUUGGUCAGUAUCUCCUCGACGGCACCCGCGACCUCGUUCGCAUCAAGGCCUUCGAGGCCCUCAUCGACCUUGGCGCCAUGAUGGACCCGACCUUCUUCACCUUUUUCCUCUUCUCCCUGACGACGGACCGAUCGCCUUUUGUGCGCGCCAAGCUCAUCCAGGCCAUGUCGCGCGGCCUUGCGGCGAUCGCCUUCGGGGAGCACACCAAGGCUGUUAAGGACGAGCCUGCCCCCGACGAAGCGGAUCCUCUCCUCGUGCAGGAUAGCACGCAAGAGAUUGAGGCGCGGAAGGAAAUGUUCGCGCGGAGGGAAAACCUCGACGCAGCGCUCAAGGCACUGCGGCGAGAGAUGGAGGAGAGCUACGCGGGCGAUGAGCGGCACUACAGCACGGCCAUGCGCAAGGCGCUGGAUUACCCAUCUCUCGGUCGCGAGGAGCUCGAAAGCCUUCUCGAUCUCGCCUCGAUGAUGUUUGAGGAGGCAAGGAGCUGGGUGCUGACCGUCAAUCUGCCCAAGGGCUGGAAGGUGGAGCGGCCCGCCCAGAAGCUGGCCGAUCGAGUAUGCGCCCCGGACGUCCCAUUGGCAAGCAACCUGGCUAACGCUCGACAGCUGAUUGUCAGUUUCAAGUCCUACUACAAGACCAGCCCGAAAAGCUCCAUCGCAACGCCUCCGAUCGUCCCAGAAGCGAAGAAGCCUGCGCCGCUUCAACGAACGUCCUCGAUCAAGAUCAGCACCAAACCUGCCGCUCAUGUCACCCCGCAGCGGCCGAUCGCUUCGGCUCCGAGCAGCGUCGACACCAUUGUUGCCCAUCUCAUCCCCGCCAAGCUGCAGCAAUUCAACAGAGCUCCCGGGGGCGGUGCUCAUCACACGGAUCUGCCGUCCAGCUCAUCGGCAAAGAGAGCGCGUGUGGGCAAGGAAGACAGCGGCUCACCGGCACCAAAGCGACCGAAGACGGAGGCCCUGUCGUCGAGUCUCAACGAUGACAAGCCGUGGGUGACUCGGCGUAUGGUCACGCUGAAGACGAAGAAUCCCAAGCGGCUCGCCGUCAUUCUCGGUCAAAGCCCUAUCGCAACGCCCGCGGGCAGAACGGCGCUGCCUAGCAAACCUCCCGGGGAGCCUUCGCCAGGAGGUUCCAAGGACAGCAUCGCGGCCAAGCCGGCGAGGAAGCCGCUUCCAACUGGUGAUGGCGGUCGAAAGCCUUUGCCAAACGGAAGCGUCAGCGCUACCGCCGCCGUAUCGUCUCCUCUGGCCCAUCAGCCACCCAAGCUGUCCAUCGAUACCAAAGUACACCCGUCGCCGGCAGCCAAAGCUGCGAGCCCGGUCACUGGCACGCCCGCGAGCGCCCGUCCAAAGAUCAAAAUUGUGCGCAAACCAGUUUCCUUACCCCAACUUCCGCCGCCGCCGCGACCACCGCCACCACCACCGGAGUUUUAG